GCUUGCCCCAUUCCCCUCCGCCCUGCAGCCAGGCUAAGGCUAAGGCUAAGGCCAGGCUCGGGCAGGUGGAGGCGCCUCCGCGGGGGGGGGGGCAGAGGGGGGCCCUCCAGGUGAGCGCGAGGCCCCGGCCCAGGUUGGCUGGGGGGGGGGUCCCGGGGGCGUGGCUUGCGGGUGGGCGUGGCUGGGGCGGGGCUUCUGCGAGGAAAGGCGGUGCUGCUGCUGCUGCUGAGCGGGAAGGAGAAACGGGCGGUCGCUUCCUUCCUCUGCUGGGGGCGGGAAGAGGGCGAGGAAGCGCUUCUCUAUACGGUCGGCUACUCCCCCCCAUCUUUCUCCCCUCAAACUUCCCAGGGUCUCGCUGCCUCUGAGCAUAUACAGAGUACGGCUGAUUCAUUGAGUGGGAAGUGGCGAUAUUGAGAGGAUUUUUGAUGGGGGGGGGCGCAAAAAGUUGAGUUUUGGGGGGGAGAUGGCGCAAUAAGUUGUUGAGCUUUCUUUGGGAGAUGGUGCAAUGGGUUGCUUUUAAUAUGUAAAAAAACAUACAUACAUACAAACCUGGGGGCCGGGCUUUUGCAAGUUUAAGUGUUUCUAUUGCUUUCUAAUACUUUUUUGAGUAUGGGAAAGACUGGGAGGAGUCUCCUCAGGGAAAGCGCACCUGAGCAUGUGCAGAGUGCCUUUUGCUGGUAGCAGUGGUGGUAGCACAACAUGUCUGAGUUCAUGAAUAAGGUUUCUCUAGAGCAGAGGUUUUCAACCUUUUUGGGUCCAUGGUUCCCUUGAGCAAUUGCAUUCUUUCUGCCUCACCCCUGUGGGGCUCAGGGGCCCAGUUAUGUCACCCCUUGCCUGCAGAGCUGGCAGCCUCAGCUACUGGCAACCAGCAACACCUGACCAGCCCCAGAGGCAACAUUUACCUGCAGAGCUUGUGGCCAGGGCUGCUGUAACAAACAGCUGUGCAAUCCUUUGGGAGGCCGAAAUGGCAGAGGGCAUCAGAGGAAAGAGGGACAGAGGUCAGUGUUGCCCACAGCACUCCUGACCAUCAUUCAUGGCACCCUGGGGAUGCCACUGCACACUGGUUGAAAACCACUGUUCUAGAGGACACAAGAGCCUUGGCGUAAGUUUGUAUUUUCUGUUUACAUCAUUUGUACUCUGCUCUGCUGCUAAAAAGGCUCCCAGAGUGGCUUACAUACAGUCAAUUAAAGGAAAGCAGUUCCUGCCAACACUAACAGUUUACAAAAGCAGGACACACAUGGGGAAAGGGACAGGGAGGGAAGUGGAGGGUGGGGAGUCAAACUUCGGAACAAAUUCUUAAAACUGUUGUUCUUGUAAUGACCAGCUUGCAUUGUUCAGGAGUAGGAGGUGUCUGAUGGAACUGGGCCUCCAGCAAAGCUGAUGAAAUGAGCCCUGCUUCCCAUCUUUCCCACUGGCGGAGGACAUUAUAAAGAAAUUAUCCAUCAUUACAACUUACUUUUUCUGUUAAGUAGUUUUAAAUAUGUGUAAAUUGACUGAUGCUGCUGUUAGAAAACGGGACUGCCCAAGUGAUGGAAAACCUGGUAAGAUAUCCUAUAGAUAAAAUUCCUAUUCUGUAUAAAAUGAGGGCCCACAGAGUUAAGAAGGUUGUGAAUAUCUUGAAAGAAAGUAAAGAAACAAAAGCAGACUGUUCUCAUUUGCAAGAUGUUGCUUUUGGGGCCUGUUACUUGAUUAAAGAAACCAAUUAGUCAUAUGCUUAUGAGGAUCUUUCCAUCUCUCUAGAUGAUGAAGUUUUUGCAGCUUUUCGGGCGAUUACGAUCAGUCAUCAUUGGGAUGGUCCAUGUGAAAGCGCUGCCAGGUGAAUGCCUCAUUUUUUAAUUGUUAUUUGAAGCAACAGGAUAGGAGAGAAUAUUAACAGGUGCUAGGGGGAAAUUUAUUAUGGCAAAGAUGUUCUGUGCUUCAAAAAAAGCCAGGCACUGCCAGGUACCUUGGAAUAUGUAAAAGGGAUGCAUGGCUAACUGAUGCUUAGUUAGUUCAGUUAUCCAAAUGAAAUGUGUUUAUGGAUUUCAUACUUCCUAAAAUGUUGCUGUCAGAAAAUCAUAUAUAUUAAUGUGAUUUUAUUAAUGAAUAGUUGUAUUGACUUUGUUCUUUUUAACCUGCAUUUUACUGGGUUAGCCCAAGGCUAUGUAGGACUUGUUCCCAAGAUAGUAUCUUGUUAAAUUAAUAUAAUAUAAAGGAAUAUACAAAACUAGGAUACUUUGCCUGACUUUUAAGUUUAGUGAACCUUUCUACAGCUUCAUUAGAAGAAUAGGCUUUGGACCUUCCCUUCAUAGGCAUGAUGGUGGUGAGAUCAGAGGUAUUUGCUUCCAUUUUUAAUUAAACACAGUUUAGUAACCCUGAACUGUGGUACAUCUUAACUGUGGUCUGUUGAAAUAAGCCAGCUUCCUAAAGGAAGGUCUGAAGUUGGCUUUUUUCAAUAAACCAUAGGUAAGAUCAACCACAAUUCUUCUGAGUUUGGAUGUAAUAUGAGCUGCAGUUAAUAAAAAAAAAUGGAAGCUAAAACUUAGGAUCUCUUCAGAAGAGGAAGGCAGCAUCACUAUGGCCUGUUCCUGUAACUGUGCUUUAUCAUUGUAUCUGAAUAAAUCCUACACAUGUAUUAUUAUUAUUAAUUUUUAAUAUUACCUAUUACAGUCCAUAUGAAGUCCUGCUGUUUAUAUAAGUGCCUUAUUGUUCACUUUUUCAGUUAUGGUACUUAAAUGGUAUUAAUUUGUAAGAAAGCAUUACAAGAGGAUUCUGGAAGGGCUGAUAGCCAAUAUGUGAAAUUUGUUCUUGUCACUGGUUGAUCAUAUGACAAGGAAGGUUAAUUUGUCACUCACCACAGUAUAGAAUAGCAAUAACCUUGACGGCAUCAAAAGCUAGAGUGUGCGUAUGUAUUUGUAUAAGUGUGGUGACAACUCUAUAUUUGCAGGAACCCCAAGGAAUACCUUGCCAUUGCCUCAGAUCAUUGAAGAAGCCUGUCAGGAAGCUGAGAUUUACAAGGCUGCAGGAGUUGUAAGAGCUAUCUCUUCCUUUCUCUUUUGUUUAUUGAAACUUCCUAGUUAAUGUUUUACAUGGUUGAAUGUUGUGCAAAAUUCUGGAUCGAAAUAAAAAGUGGUGAUGGUGCAUUUGAAAUUCAAACAAAAAUUAAUGUUCUGUAUAUAGUCUGAAAUAGCAAUCUGUCAACUUAACUGGAGUGCACAUUUUUAAAUAUAUAUUUAGGUUCCAGUUUCAUUCUUUUGAUGCUUAUUUAUUUAUUUUGAGUACUUAUAAUGCACUCUUCAAUAUUGCCCAGAGUGGGGAACAAUGACACUAGACAAUAAUAAAAACAUACAGAAAAAAUGUAGCAUUAUACAAAAAUUACACAGCACUCUGUUUUCAAGUUGGUUACAGUCUGCCAAUCCCUUUUUCUCUUGGUAUCAAGGAGUUUAAGAUGAAGCAGGUACAAAAGGAGGGCCCAUAUUUCAGUGGCAGAGCUCGGCUUUUGCAUAUAUAAUGCUCCAGGUUCGUCUAGUUAAAGAAUCUUGAGCAAUGGGAGGAAAAUUCCUCUGUCUGGGACCUUGGAGAUCUACUUUUGGUCAAGAGCCAACAAAGUGAGCUCCAUGGACCAAUGGUCAUGCACUCUCUAUAGCACUGCAUGUGUUUAUUAAAUACAUAUCAUAUAUGUUCAAGCUGUCGUCUUUUUAUCAUUCUGGUGCUCACUUCCUGGCUGUUGUAGUUAAGGUUUUUGCAGAGCAGCGUAGCCUAACUUAUUAAAAGGCAAUACAGCAAAUGCAGCUGGCACUUGUCUGUACUGUUGCCCACCCACAACAUCACUGUGAUACAUCUGUCGAUGGAAAGCAGUCUUUUGCUGUGUGUAUUUAGAAGGCAAGACCUGAAAGGCCACUUUGAGCCAGAGGCAACAACAGUCAGGUACCAAUGAAUUUCCAUUGGUCCUCAGGUGUUGCAGUAAUUUCCAUAGGUCAGCAGAUUUUUAACGGGGUGCAUGUCCUUUGAAAAGGUCAGGGUAUGCUUUACACAUUCCAUUGCACCCUGUAUUCCUGUGCUGCUUCACACUUCUCCAUCAACCUGCCUGCAGUGAAUAUAUAAAUUCCUGGCAUGGUGGUGAUGUGAUGCCCUGGUAACCAGCCUUCAAGCAGAACUUAAAUGAACCAUAGUUUUGGUUCUGGUGUUAUUUCUCGACUGAUUUCUUUUUUUUAAUUAGAAACGAUUGGGGUUUGUGUUUUUUUUUUACAAUAAGCAUUCUGUAUGGCUUCAUAAAGUCGCACCUCUUUACAGCCAGAGUCAAGCGAGGGGUCUAAAUUUAGUCUGUCAAAAGACAAAAGGACCGAAGGCCAAAAAAGAAUGGAAGAAAGUUCAAUGGGUGUAUUGAUGGGUGUAUUGAUAAGAGUUGAUGAAGGUAUGUAACAGGAAAGUUUUUGGGACAGGUGGGUAACAGAAAUGGCCUAUAAGGAAGGAUGGGGGAAAUGCAGGAUAAGUCAAAGAUGGGAAUGCAGUAGAUUUACAUGUGGCCUUGAAGUACAGGUGGAGAAAGGGUUAUAUGCUUAGAUAAUACAGUUCUGGCUUACUUUGAGUACUGUGCACAGUGCUGGAGGCAAAACCUCAAAAACAAUAUUGCUAGAGCAGGAGCAGAUUCAGAAGAUGGUGACCCAAUUGAUCAUGAUGCUGAACCACCUCCCUAUUUGGGGGCCUUUUUAGUUUAGAAAAAGAGGCGAGUAAGUGUGGGACAUGAGAGAAGUGUGUAAAAUUAUGCAUGAUAUGGGGGAAGGAAUCCUAGAGAAGUUUUUCUCCCUUCCUCUUGAUGCUACAGGCUGAGGUCAUCCAGUGAAGCUGAAUGUUGGAAGUCUCAGAACAGACAAACUUCACAGAACAGACUUCUUCACAUAGUGCAUAGUUUAAAAUUGGAUUCUCCCUGCCCCAAUCCAGUAUGUUUUAAUGGCCAACAACUUGGAUGACUUAAUUUUUGUCAAUAGCCUGGGUGCAACUAUUUCUUGCACCUUGAGAUGUGAAUCCAAUUAGGUCUGCAAAACGUCUGCCUUCCGUAAGGUCAUUAUUAUAAGUUGUAGAUUUGGGGAGCAGCAACACCACAGUCUCCUCUCCUUGCUCCCUUGUUUCAUUUAACAGCCUUUCUGAUGAAAAGUUCUGGAGAAUUCAAAAGCUGGCUUGCCAUUACAAUUUUUGACUUACUGUGCAUUUUGGAUUUCACCAAACCAUUAUAGACUGUAGCAUUUUAACGCUCAUGCAUUACCACUGAUUUGAGGGGAUCUAUGCUAAUGUGAUUGUUCUAUCCAUUGCUGCCUUUCUUGUAGCUAUAACUCUUCCCUAGCCCCUUAAAAAAAUUUUUUUUGCUGAAACAGUGGAGUAGAAUAGAGAGGAUUACAAGUACAUCUUCCUGUCUCAAAGUGGUAUGCAGACAUGACUGAUGAAAGCAGAUCCGCAGGGUUUUUUUCUAUAUAGAAGGUGGCUUGUUUGAUGCAUUAGUGCUUUUUUAAAAGAACAUAAUAAAUAUGGAAGAUUUAUAAUGUUGGAGCAUAUUAAUGAAAACAAGUGAAUGCUCAGACAUGAUGCCAUCUGUGCUGAAAAAUUGUAGCUGCGAUAUGCUUGUUUUGCCAAACACAAUCAAAAUUGCCAUGACAAGAUUAUAUGCAGUGACAGAUUCCAAGGAGUUUAGAACCCUCUCAAUUUUGCCAUGUUCGGCUUUCAUUUUUACAGAGGACGGGAAAUAUACCAACAUUAUUGCGUUUACUAGAUCACUGAACUUCUUGCCUCAUGCGUGGCCUUUUGUAAAACGUCAGUGUCACUGGAGAGGCUGCACCCUGUAGAUUUUGAUAAUGCCUUUUCUCCUACGUAUCUUCCAUUCUCUUCUAAAUUUUUCAAAUUAUGAAUGGUACAGAGAGAAGUAAAUCUCCCCCCCCCCAUACUAGAAUUCUGGCUACUGAAGAUGCUCAGUACUUAUUUGGCUGUUUUCAGGGAAGUGUGAUUCUCUUAGGGCCAGGUUCUAUUAAGUAGUUGCACUAAUGGAAGCCAGAACAAGUCUUGCUAGUGCAAUAUCACCUCCCUUCCGCCAUGCUCCCCAAUUGAUUCUGGAGGUCUGGAAAACCAACAGAACACACAAGGGGAGGAGAGGGGAGAUUUUUCCAUGGGGCAAGCUAAAAUGUGGAAAGAUCAGAAGAGUGUGGUGUUGACUUCUUCCCUAUUUUUUUAAAAAAAACUUUUGCAAACCUUUGCACACUUAUUCAGGGUUAGGAUCAUUCCAUGUCUAUUUAUGUGGGGAAAUGAAAAUAGUUUUCCUGGACAUUAGAGUACAAGUCCUUGCUCAGCCAUGAAGCUCAGGAUGGGUGACCUUGGGCCCAUCAUAGCCUCUCAGUCUAACCUAAUUCACAGGAGCUGCAUAUACGCUACACAUUUAAGGUGCAUGACUAUCCACAAAGAAUCCUGAGAUCCGCAGGACCCCCUUAGAGCUAUAAUUCCUGCAUUGCAGGGGGUUGGACUGGAUGACCCUCGUGGUCCCUUCUAACUCUACAAUUCUAUUAUUCCAAGUACCCUUCAAUAAAUCCUAUUUGGGAAGCUCCCAGAUGUGAUAGUUUGCUGAUGUGGUUCUUUGGGCUGAUGUGGUUUCUUGCCACAAUGUGUGUGAGGUGUGUGUGUGUGUGUGUGUGUGUGUGUGUGUGUGUGUGCUUGUGCAGGCAUUCAACUUGAAAGCUUUGCCAUUUUUGCUAAGAGUGGAAGCAUUCAGCUUAAAAGAUUUUAUUGUUUUUGCUGGGCUUUGCACUAAUACAGCAUGAACAAAGCACAUUGAUGAAAUCAAUAGCAGAAUAUAGUCACUUGAGGGAAGUAAAAAUGAAAUUAUGUACACCAAGUAAAAAUAUGAGCCAUCUUCAGAUUCCACAGGAAAGGGCUUCAAGAACUCUUUUUUUAACUUGUAUAUGUGCUGCCGAAGUGAGCAAGUCAUUAAUUUGUGCUGUGAAAUGUGUUUAAACCUGCAAAUCGCCAGUUUUCUUUCUGCUUCUUUAGUAAAUUCUGUUAUAUAAUAGAGAGGUGUUGUAUCAUAACAUAAGACAUCCAUGCUAAUUUAGUAAAAACACAAAAAAAUAGUAGAAAGUGAGGGGGUAUGUGCAUACUUUUUAUUUCUGUAAAAAUAUAAAGACGUAUGAGUAGGCAGCUAUGUAAAUUCCGGAAAAUGUGGUAUUUGUUCUUUAAAUUAACAUAUCCUGCAGUUGGAAUUAAUCACCAAUUUGAUAGCAGAAUUGAGUUGUGAGUGGUGGUAUGUGCUAAAAUAUUGAAAACAAACAAAUAUCUGAGAAAAGAAAAAUACGUAGGCUUGAUUGCUGUGGGUGAAUUUUGUUUUCAUUUUUUAUUAGCGCCUGACCCACCCACAAGUGAAGAAAAUACUAGAGCAAUAAAAUGUAAAACCAUAUUGAUUUUUCUAAUGGGUCUAGAGCUAGUAUACACAACUGGCUGUACUCAAAGGAAUCGUGUUCAAGUCUUUUGUUAUUUAUUUAUUAUUUUAAUACGAGAAUUUUUUUAUUUUUACCUAAGUGCCGCCAGAAGACCUUAAAGUCAUUUAAAAAAUAAUAAUGGUCUGCUGUCUAGAAUUUGAGCUGUACUCAGAGGGUGGAGCUACGUGCUCCAAAACACAGAGGAUGCAGUGCUUCGUUUACAGAAUGCAGGAAAAGGCAAAACUUCUCCAUCUAGCAAUUUUGAAUCCAAAAUUUGAGUGACGUUGGUUCCUUGUGGAAGUUACCACUUUGUCAAGGUGGAGCAACAGUGGGCAGUUCAGUGGACAAUGUUGAACAUGCAUUUGGAAUGAAACGUGUGCUCAGCCAGGGAUUGCUUGAAUGGGAAAGAAGGGACGGUACCCAAAAUGAAAGAGGAGAGGCAAAACUGCAAUUAGUAUUAUUAUUAUUAAUAAUUAUUUAUACCCUGCCCAUCUGGCUGGACUUCCCCAGCCACUCUGGGCGACUUCCAACAAAAUACUAAAAUACAGUAAUGCAUCCAACAUUAAAAGCUUCCCUAAACAGGGCUGACUUCAGAUGUCUUCUAAAAGUCUGGUAGUUGUUGUUCUCUUUGACAUCUGGUGGGAGGGCGUUUCACAGGGCGGGCACCACUACCGAGAAGGCCCUCUGCCUGGUUCCCUGUAACUUGGCUUCUCGCAGUGAGGGAACCGCCAGAAGGCCCUCGGCUUCAUAAUUUAAAUAUGGUCCAAGUGGGCAGCUACAGCCUGUAAAAAAACUAGGAACCCCUUCUGCAGCAUGUUCUUGACACAAUCGGAGUGAAUUUGUGGUAGGUUUCUUCUGAGUUAUUGGUUGUUCUGUGAUGCUUCCGCAAUGCUACCAAGUUUUUGCUGUUUGGAGGGGUGACAGCACAACAAAAGUGGAACAAUGUCCCCACUCCACCCCACCCCGUAUGAUUUGAAUUUUGAAUUUGUGGUAUGAAAAGUUAUGGGAGUUAAUCAGGAAGUUACAGGGUAGGUACUGGUUGGAAGUGAAGCAGUAAGACUGCCUCAAAGCUUCCACAUGCACAAAUAGUACUGAAAGACCACCCUGAUAACGUCAUGACCUUGGGGUGGAUCGCAUGGUAUUUCCACCCCUAACCCCAUUAAUCCUCACAAGAGGCCUGUGAGUUUGGUUUGGCUGAGAAAAUAGUGACUUGCUUCUUUUCUUAAUCUCUCAGUAGAAAAACAGGUCAAAAAACAGAACCACCAGCUCUUCUCAACAAGCAUCUCCUCUACUGUCUUCAUUUAAUUCCUUUUGGUUAUCAGAUCCCUCGAUUAUUGCAGUUGAGCCAAGGCCCCCUGUUCUCUUGGGGAAAUUAAGGCUUGACUUGGUGAAAAUGAAAGUUACAAUUUAAUGGCUUUUGCACUUCAGAUUCAUUUGAAAGGGAUAUACUGUAAUUGAGCACAACGUUAAUUUUUUAUGAUUGUUUUACAAAAAUCAUGCUGUUGGGUCAGCAUUUAGCAAGCGGGGGUUUCUACAAGCGGAGUCAUUCUCACUUAAAAUUAUCUUCUGCAGAAGUAUUUGAAGGUGGGCAGGUUUUUUUACACCUUUGUUUGCUGCUAUUAUCUGCAGGGGCCCCCCCAAAACUCUUUAAUGAGCUUGGCUACAUAUACUGGGAAUUUUUAUUGGCAUUGUUAAAGUAGUAUUCCUUCUUACUCCUGCAUGAAUUACUGGGGACGGGGCAUAGGAGGGGUCCCAGCUACCUUACCUCUUGUGAUGGCUCCCUUAGCUAAUUUUUUUUAGAAGGAUAUGACAAAGAUGGGAUUUGGCUCAAGCAAAGUUUGUGCCUUGCAGAUUUAAUAAAAGCUCACCAGUCUUUUCUCCUGUAACUUAAGCACUUUUCUGGCAGUGAAAACUGAGAAGUCUUAGAAUACUGUAUAAGGCUCCAGAUUCUGUGCUAGGAAGGCAGAUUCUGCGCUGUUGUGCAUGACAGCAAUGAAAAUUCCUUGAGCGUUAUCUGCCAGUCUAUCCACUGUAUGCAGAGCCCUCUGUUUAUUUCUGAGCAGCUCUUCUGAUUUUUAAUAGCUCUAUAUUAAUUCCAACAGGAUGGCUUGAUUGUAGAAAAUAUGCAUGAUCGGCCGUACACAGUUGGUGUGGGUGCAGAAAUCACUGCAGCCAUGGCAGUCAUUUGUGCCACUGUGAAACAGACGUGCCCCCAUCUCCCAGUGGGUGUUCAGAUCCUAAGUGCUGCAAACCAAGAUGCUAUAGCAGUCGCUCUUGCUGCUGGUAAGUGAACUGACUUGGGAUUGCUUUUUGUAUUGGCAUUCUGAGACCUAAUCACAGGCUGCUUACCAGAUUUUAUGUACGGUAUAUUAUCAUUUCUAAUUGCAUUUAUAUCCCACCUUUUUUUCUGACGAACUGAAGGUGGUGUAUGUCUUUUCUGCCCUCUCCUCAUUAAUCCCCAGCAACAGUGAGGUAGGCCAGGCUGAGACACAUUGACUAGCCCAGGGUCACCCAGUGAGCUUCAAAGCUGAGUGGGGAUUUGAACCCUGGUCUCCCAGGUCCUAGCCCGACACCCUGACCACUACACCACACGUGCUUGCUCCAGCUCACGUGCUUGCUCCAGCUCACCACACUUUUCUGCAAAGCCAACAUGACUGUUUUAUUCCCUCAGCAGCGUGGUAUUUCCGCAGUCAGGAGGUGGGGGGAAUUGACACUAGUAUACCUGCGGAGUGAAGGAAAAGGUGGACCUCAAGCUGAUGGCAAAGGGUACUAGUAGUAGCGCUUCGUUUUAUACAGGAUGUCUAAAACGGCAUUUCUAACCCAUUUACCUGGAACUAUGCCCCACUGAAUUCGGCAGUACUUCUGAGUCUUCCGCUGCAUAAAAGGAUUUCAUGUGCCUUCCUAUAGCGCAUCCAAGUAUUCUUACCCUUUGCCCAUGAGGAAGACCAAUGGUUGAAGACGCUGGAUAUUCUUCAUAAAAUAAAUCACUUGAGGCGUACCUCUUUUUAGUGGCUUACCUUCUCCCAUUCUCAACUGGCAUAAGCUUACCUACCAACUUUUUCAAAUCCAAGAGAGUGAGGUUUAGGCUGUACACCCCUCAAGUAUGUGUGUCCUAUUCACAAGCCCUAAGGAGGCAUAAUGUUCUCAUUUCCCCAAACCUCCUUCCUUCUCACACAUGAAUUGCUCUCUCUCUCUCUCACACACACACACACUUUUUCAGAGCUAACAAAGGUAUGGCAUUAUGCAUGCACCAGUGCUGAUGCUAAGCUUGGUUAGCUUUGGCCAGGGUGUGCAAAUUGGCUUCUACCCUCUUUGUAAACUGCAGCUAACCAUGGUUAGGCGACGGUAGGAAACUGUGUUGUUCGGGUGGAUAUUUUCUGUGCUGUAGAGUAAAGCACAUUAUAAGUUCUUGUUCCCCAUAACCGUAUUAACACCUGCUUUAUGCCUCUUCGUGAUAAAUAUCCAUUGAUGGCUUCCUUCCAUUUAGUUCUAUAAAAUGGUAUAAGGGAUUAAUUUAAAUCAUUAUCAUUGCUCAUCAAAUUCCAGUUACACCUCAGGAUAUCACGGUAAUCUUCUGUAAUGAACUAUUAUACCUCUGUUGAAUUAAUGAAAUUCACUUAAGAAUAAAUUAAAUUAACCUGAAUUUAAAGAGAAUAACUGUAGGCCAAUGGCUAGUGCCCAUCCUAGGUUUUGGAUUCAAAUUUUAGCUCAUCUAUGCAACCAUUAGGUGUUCUUAUAGUUCACCUUUGGUCACCUUCCUCUGAAAUGGGAACAGUAGUGGCCACCUCCAGUAUUAGAAACUGAGAGAUGAAAGCUAGGAGCUAAAUGGCACCUUAAACCUAGGUUGUGGGCACAACAAUGGAAUGUCUAGGCAUGCUUUUUUAUAACUAGAAUACAAACCUGAAAAUGAAUGAACUUCAGCUAAAAUAUUAUGCUCAUUUUCCACAUGGUCUAGUCCUUACCCUGCCCAUCCCCCUAAUAUUCUUAAGAGGGUUUCUUAUCCGGUCUUCAGAGAGUAGCUGGAAGAGGCAGAAAAAAGUCCUCCUUUCCUUCCACUCUGCAAUUUUGAUCUGAAAUCUUAGGUGCAGAGCUCAGGAACUGCUAGCGCUAAUGAAAUUCCCUGUCGCACAACGCGCCUAGAACAAUGGGAGUUUCGAACGCUGGCCACCUCCAUUCACAGGCUUGUUGAGGAGUUGAUGGAAACCUGCACAGUUACGCACUUAGCAAAUGUCGUGCUUAAGCGGUGUGUACAGUAAGAAUCAUUGUGGGCAUACUGUAACUUGGUUUAUGGGUAAGUUUCAGACAAAAGCACAGAAAUUAUAUUUAAGCAAAAAGUCAAUUUUGUUUAUGGCAUGAGCAUUAAUAAUACAAAUUGCUCUAAUGCAGCCUUGUUUUUGCCUGCUGGAAUGCUCAUAUAAAAGUUUUAGCAUUUCAUUUAUGAUACGUCUGAUUCAAGAAUGAUAGGUGAUUAAUGCUAAAAACAUACAUUACUUUUACACAAUCCCUUUAAUGUAUCUUGAUGCAAACUGUGACAGAUGAAUAGUCUAUUAUAUCUAACAUCUGUUUCCUAGAUUGGCACUACUUUUACAUAUUGCAUUUUAUUUUCAAAAAAAUGAUAAUGCCAUUUUUUUCUACUUCACUGUUGCAGAUGAAUGCUUUAGUUUACUUAAACUACUAGGAUCUUCAGUCAAUAUGCAGAAUUGAUUAGACAGCAGAUAUGUCUUCAUAUUCAGGUGCACUCAAUAAUUUUAACUAUUUCUUCUCCUCUCUCUUUCACAUUCUUCCUAUGAUUUUAGAAAAGGCUACUUAGAACAAUUUUGCCCCUUUUCUGCUUAGGCACAACACUCUAAGCUUCAUUUAUAUUGAAUUAAAUUGGCCGCUGAAUUAUCUUUUCAACUUCAUUCAGAACAGUUUCCUAGAACUUAGAAUUAUAUACAGAUUUCUAGCAAUUCACAUCACCCUUGGAUCCUGACUCUAUGCAUAUUUAGCUAGAAGUAAAUACAACUGAACCCAAGGGACUUACCUCUGAGUAAGCGUGGAUAGGCUCUGGCAGCUGUUAGGCAUGCAUAAGCUGACAAACAUAAUUAUCAGUUCUCUUCACACAGCUUACCACAAACUCAAUUUAGCACAGUCACUAAGGCCCAGUGCAAAUGCUGUUCCAUGAAAGCCAUGGUUUGCUAAUCAGGGGCCAGCUUGGGGGCCAUACACUUCGAUUCUGGCAAAAAGACUUAUCCCCUUUCCUUAUUUUCAUUAUAUCUGCAUUGAUGUUAGCCAUGGAUAAUACUUUAAAAGGCACCCUUCUUAACCAGGGUUUGUAAGCAACUAAGGCUUACAAGUCAGCUGGUUCGUGUUGACUGCCUAGCAUCGGUUGUGGAUGUAACACGAAACCAUGGUUAAAGAUGACAAGGAAGAAAGAGUGGAAUUUGUGUUGAAGUUGAGAGGAGUGUGCAUUCUGAAGGCUGGCUUCUCCGCAGGAGCCCAACGCUACAUUUGCAAGCAGACCUAAGCAGGGGCUGAGGCCAUGACAAAUAUACAGAAAUCAGUCAGUAACGCUGGUUUGGAUUAUUUACCCAAAUAGUGGGAUAACGCACAUCUGUGAGUUACGGCCUUUCCUGCCAACCCACAGGAGACGUACCCACUGUGGUGUCACCUGUGGUGGCAUAUCCCCUGUGGGUUGGCAGGAAGAGCCACAGCUCAGUGCUUUGCAUGUAGGAGGUCCUGGGUUCUAUUUCCAGCACCUCCAAACAGGGCUUGGGAAGGAGAAGUCCUGGAGAGCCACUGCCAGUCAGUUUUGACAAUUCUAACGAGCCAGUGGUCAGACUCAGUGUAAGCAGCUUCAUAUGUUUCUCCUUCUGCCUUUAGACUGAAAUGCAGUGAAUAAACACUUUGUUUAUUCUAAACCACUGAGCCUCUUGGAUUUGCCAAUCGGAAGGUUGGCAGUUCGAAUCCCCACAACGGGGUGAGCUCCCAUUGCUCUGUCCCAGCUCCUGCCAACUUAGCAGUUCGAAAGCAUGCCAAUGCAAGUAGAUAAACAGGUACCGCUGCUAAACGGGAAGCUAAACGGCGUUUCUGUGCACUCUGGUUUCUGUCAUGGUGUCCCGUUGCACCAGAAGUGGUUUAGUCAUGCUGGCCACAUGACCUGGAAAGCAGUCUGUGGACAAACGCCGGCUCCCUCGGCCUGAAAGCGAGAUGAGCACUGCAACCCCAUAGUCGCCUUUGACUGGAAUUAACCAUCCAGAGGUCCUUUACUUCUCAGGGUGGCAUCUCAAAUGGUACUUCAGUCAUCUUUGCCCAAGGCUUUUAUAUUUUUUAAGACAACAGGUUUUUUUUGUAAGUAGAUCUUUACUGAACUGUAAUUUGUUCCUAUAUGCAAAACUGCCAGUUUAAAGGCUGUUUUAAGUGGAGAGCAAAGCCCAUCUUCAUUGCUGUACUGAAGGUUCAAUGUAAAACCACUAGUGUAGUUUGGUGCUUUUGUUUGGUGCGAAACAGACUCCCAGUGCCUUUCCAUAGUUGCAUCUAGUCUUCAUGUGUUUUUAUUUUUUUAUUUUUAAAAUUAUUCAUAUGCAGCCCUCUUAAAAGGUCAGAGCUAUGUAAAAACACCAUGAACAUUUAAAAGCAAUACAGAGUGUUUCUAGAUUACACACACAUUCUGUUUCUCAACUAUUGGAUUCUUCUAGGGCUGUUGAUGGUGACCCUAGACAUACAAAUACAUUGUACCCCUGCUCCUAAAAAAAUAAAAUAAAAUCUGUGCAAAAGCUGAUCUGAAGGAGGUUGAUGGAAGAAAAAUAAGGGUGUAAGGAUGCUGUGAAGAAAUAAGAAUGGAUACUUAACACAAAAUUAACAUCUAAGAGCCAGCAUCCACUUUGAGGGAUCAAUGUUUAUUUUAUUCAUUUAUACAGUUACUUAAAGGCUGCCUUUUGGGACUUAGGCCACUCAAGGCAGUUUUCAUAGUGUAGAAACACAACACACACACACACACACACACACACACACACACACAACAAAACAAAACAAAACAAAACAAAACAACAGCAGCAUUAGCAAUCAUUUUUUAAAAGGCCAAUUAAAUAAAACAAUAUAAAAAUCCUGCUAUCAUGAAGCUAUCUAUCAUCAUAUAGAUCUCCAAGAACAAAAGCCCCAAAUAUAUGGGGUUUUUUAGUUUUAAUGGCCUCAGGUUUGCAGUGGUGGGCCAAAUGCACCCCUAGGGGGAGUGAGUUCCACAGUUUGGGGGCUGGCACAGAAAAGGCCCCGACUCUUACUUAUCCUCACCUACUGACUCUACAAAGUUAACCUUACAUCUCUGCUAAAGAGUUCAGCAUUAUUGUCUGGGGUUUUUUUAUUUGAGGCAUUGCUUUACGGCAGAACAUCUUUCUUUUUUUUAACAUCAAAAAGCAAUUUAUGUCAUUGUCUUGGCAAAAGCUGCAUGCCAUCUUGAUUAUUCCUUCUUUCUGAGGGGGAAUGGCAAGAGUUCUCCCAUGUCUGAAACGGCUCACCAAGCUUUGUUCACAACUGCUUCAUUAUUAACAGGUGUACCAUGUGUUCUUCAGUAGUGCCUAAUUUCAUGUGCGUAGAUCCUGAUUUAAUUAACUACAUCUGUUUGAGGCUGCACAGAAUGAUGCAUAUUAUUGGGUCUCUGGAACAUUUAUGGCGGCGAUAAAGAUACAGGCACUGCCUACACUGCAGCUAUCAUUUUCCCAUCCUCUUGAUAACAUUUGGGAACACUCAGUCCACAAGUCUGGGUUAGAUUGACCCCACCUGAGACCUCAUUGUAUUCUGUAGUAUCUGAUGUAAUAAUUAGCAUUCAUUACAUGAAAGUUAAACCCUCGUCCUUUGCUUUCUGUGCCCUCCUAGCUUCCCUGCUACAAUUCUGCACACCUGACUGGAGCGUGGUGCUAAUAAUACCCCCCAAAAUCACGGAUUUGAUCCCCGUAAGCCAGUAUUUCUAUUUCUUUAGUGGUAUUAUAGGAGUUCUGUCUAUAUAUUGCAGUGGAGUGCAGAAAUAUAUAUGGGCUGAAAGAAUUAAGGAAGCCUAAGGCAAGCAAGCAGUUCGAAAGCACGUCAACAUGCAAGUAGAUAAAUAGGUACCGCUCCGGCAGGAAGGUAAACGGCAUUUCCGUGCGCUGCUCUGGUUCGCCAGAAGCGGCUUAGUCAUGCUGGCCACAUGACUCGGAAGCUGUACACCGGCUCCCUCGGCCAAUAAAGCGAGAUGAGCGCUGCGACCCCAGAGUCGGCCACGACUGGACCUAAUGGUCAGGGGUACCUUUACCUUUAAGGCAAGCAAAGCCAUUUUCAUUUACAAGCUUACAUGUGGCCAUCACAGAGUCAUGAGGUUAAUGACAACAACAAAACGUCGUAACGCUGAAGAAGAAGCAGGAAGGAAGUAGCAAGUUUUUACUCAAGAAGGAAACCAGUAAGGGAACAAGUUGCCUUCAUCGACCCCUUCUGGUUCUUGUAACUUAUUGCAAACAUUAUUGCUUUACUCUGGACAGGUAAAGCAGUGUGUGUGUGUGUGUGUGUGUGUGUGUGUGUUUGUGUGUGUGUGUGUAUAGAAAGUGCCAGAUUUUAUGUUCAGUUAAAGAUCUGGUAACAAGACUGGGAAAAGUAAUUUGUCUGAAACCUUGGAGGGGCACCGCCAAUCGGAUUGGAUGAUACUGGGCAUAGGAACCAAUAGUUUUGAUUAUUGUAUAAAAUAGUUCCUUAGAUUUCAGGGCAAAAUUCAUGACUUUAAGGGAGAACCUGGCAUCAUAGUGACUGGUGGUGGAAUUGUCUUUUCUAGAGGCAGAAACAGAGCUGCAGAACUAGCACCCAUAUUAUCCUUAGUACACACUGUUAGAGGAGUGCAUCGGCUAAAUGGUUGGAUUAAUUUAAUCGCAUCUUGUUCUGGGAGGCAGAAUUGACUAGGUGGCCCCAUAAGGCAAGAGUGGGAAGCCCUUUCCAGCCCAAGGGCCACAUUUCCUUCUAGAUCACCUUUCAGGGACCACAUACUAGUGUUGCAUAUUUGGUAGGGCCAAAGGCAAAAGUUGGUAGAGCAAGAGAUUUAAAUUUUUCCCUUUACACCCCUCUCUGCCCUCCAUUCAGGCAAGAAAGGGGGCAUGAUCAGAACUCAGUGACACAUUCCUGCCACACAAAGAAGGACUACCGAGGGGUGUGGACUGGAGAGAGUUCUGAGAGCCAAAAAAGGGGUCCUGGAAGGCUGCAUUUUAGCCCUAGACCUGAUGUUGAGCACCCUGCUCUUAAAGGAACUGGGGUCCAUCCCAGAAGACCCAAAAUGCACAGCCCCUUGAUGAAGAGACUUUUGAUUAAGGUUCUUGCUUUUUCCAAGGUACUGUACUUGAUGACUUACGAAUCAAUGAAUUGUAAUGGGGGAUCAAAUCAGGGCAUCAAUGUUCCAAGACACAGCGACUUGCAAACAGUCACCUAGCAAACAUCACAGCCGAGCGGUGAUUUAAUUUUGGAUCUCCUGUGUACACACUCUGUGUGCUAAUGGACCACUGACCUUUCGUAAUGUAUCCCAUUUCGUGCUGGGAUACAUCUGGUAAGUGACCGUGAUUUACAGUUCCUGCCUGGCCCUCAGUCAGCUUUAUCACAGUAUUCUUGUCAUUUGCAGGUCUUGACUUCAUUCGAGCGGAAGGCUUUGUUUUUUCUCACGUGGCCGAUGAAGGGAUUCUGAAUGCCUGUGCUGGCAACUUGCUCAGAUACCGGAAGCAAAUUGGAGCAGAACACAUUCAGGUUUUUGCUGACGUGAAAAAGAAACACAGGUAAUUAGGGUUCACGCCAAAAUGUGUUAGAAACCUAUACUUGCCAAACAUGUGCUGUCAGUGAGUCGGCUUUUGCCUGCAUUAAAUUUGUAUGGUUACCACUUACAAGUGACAGAAGCCCCAAGUUUUACAACUGAGUCUUCCACCAGUAGACCAUUGGCUCUGUUAUUGCAGCUACAUAUAUUCUCACUCCCAACUUAGCCUUUUAAUGUAGUGAGAAUUUGGGGGAUUUUACCACUUGGAGGAAUGCAUAGUGCUCAGGUUGUGCUUGCCACUAUUAUGGGCCACUAUUAUGAUUAACAAUAGUAAUUGCAUUUGUUACUUGUUGAAUGAUUGUAUUUCUCACAGACGGACCCUAAGGCAACUUGCAUUAAAAAUUAAUGCUUGAUCCAGCAGGCUCUUCUUAAGUCCUUAAGCAUUCUGGGAUAUAAUCUGGGAAUGUGUGGACUAAAAAUAUUUGCUAUAUAAUUACAACUGGAGAGAUUGAAUGUCUGAACACCAGCUACACUGAUGUGAGUGUAGAAUGUCAUUUGUGAGUGAUAUGCUCACUUCCUUGAUUUAUUACAUUAUGAUGGUGCUGGAAAGCUGGCCCUCCACUUCAUGGUGGUAGAGGUGGUGGUGGUGGUGGGGAGCUUCAAUAACUUGGUAUGGCUGCCAAAAGUAAACAGGUUGGGUUUCUGUUGUUGGCAGUUCUCACGCUCUGACAGCUGAUGUCAGUGUAGCAGAGACGGCUAAGGCUGCUGAAUUCUUUCUGGCUGACGGGGUCAUAUUGACUGGAGCUGCCACUGGAUUGGAGGCAGAUCCCAAAGAACUGGAAGGUGGUAUGAUUAUGACGAUUAUAUUUCUUGUAUUUACUUAUGUCCUUACUUUCCCCCAGACUCAAGGCAGCUUACAGAUAAAAUAGAGCAUUCAAAAUGCAAAAAGCUGAAAAAGCACACAAAAGAGCAUCAUUAAAAAGUAAUUAAACUACAAUGGAAUUAAAACAUUGUAAAAACAAAUUAUUAAAAUAUAGAUAAUGAAAAGAAUAAAAGCAUCACAGUGCUAUUAAAAGCCCUUUCCUGGAAGAAGAGGAAGAAAAGUUAGUUUCGAAAGGCCUGUUGGAAUAAAACAAUCUUUAGCUGCCAGUGGAAGAAUGAGAUGAAGGGAGCCCAGUCUAGCUUCUCCGGAAUGGGAGUCCCAAAAUCUGGGAUCAGCCGCCAAGAAGCCUGCAAAGGCACAUGAAGUAUACAGAUUCACUAUUGCUAGAGAGAUAGUGUUCCCUUUGCUCGAUUAUGAACUUGGAUGAACCCUGGAAAACCAAACAUGACUCAAAAUUCUAUUGAGAUAUUGCUUGCUUACAUACAUUGUAUUGUUAUUUUUUUAAAUCAGUGCGUGCAGAUUUGUUUGUUUCAAUCAUGACAUGUGUCCAUUGUUUUAGCUCUUACACAGUAUAAUGCAAUUGGACAUCAUUUUCUCCAAUGUAAAGGGUAUAUGUUACCAGUAGUAUCCUUUCUCUAACCACUUGUGGCAAAUGUUUCAGUUCCUGUCAGGUAUAAGUAGCUGUCAUAUUAAGCAGCUAGCCAGGAAAGUGGAUAUGUACAUACAUAUUUCUCAUUUCUCUUAAUUAAAAAAAAGAAAAGACGGAAAGUCUUGCUUUUUGAUAGCUGUUGCUCAUGAAUGAUGACAUUCUUCAUAACCUUUCUUAAAAGGUUAUUUCUAAUGAAGGUAAAUUAAAAACACAACUCUUAACAUGGCAAGAAAUAGGAGAUUGCACUUGGGUCUGACAUUCCAGCAGGAAGAACAACAUCUGACAAAGUGGAGUAUAAAUAAUAGUGACUGGACACCAGUGGGAGUUUGAUUUUGCUAGCUGGUUCCAAAUGCUUGAUGUAUGUCCUAGGAGAAAGUAGCUGGAGCAAUUAAGUACCUGAUAGGUUUGGGGGCAAAGAUGCUAUCCCUGAUGUCCUUACUUCAAAUAGGCAAAAUAGUCUGUUUUGAUCUCCGAUUAGUUCAUUGAUUCACGAGUCAGCAAUGACAACCUCUUGAAAUAAGGAAGAGUCCUAUAUAUAUCAUUAUUUGUCAAAGGUCUCCGGUCUUCUGAAAUGGGCACUUGUUCCUUUAAGAAGGCUGUCUAGCCAACUCUGCCACCAAGGGCAAGAUCCAACCUAACUAAUCCAGCCAUUUAUCCAAUCUGUUCUUCAAGACUCCCACUGAUUUAAAAACAACAACAUCAGAAGAGCCUUCUGGAUCAGGCUAAUGGCCCAUCUGGUCCAGCAUCCUGUUCUCACAGUGGCCAACCAGAUGCCCUAUUGAGAAGCCUGCAAGCUGCGCAUGAGGAUGAUAGCGUUGUGCUCACCUGCGGUUGCUUCCCAGCAGCUGGUGUUCAGAGUCAUACUGCCACAACUUUAGGCAAUACGUUCUAGUGCUCCAGUGCUCUGCCACAUUCUUCCUUCUAUAUAGCUCAAAUCUUCUCAGCUUCAGUUUAAGCCACUUUCCGCUUUAAUAAGUUUAUAUCUACACCAUACAUUUAAGUAACUCUUAUGCCACUUUAACCACCACAGAGAAUCCUGGGGACUGAAGCUUUGUGUGGUCAGCACCCUUUACAACAGGCACCCCCAAACUCGGCCCUUCAAAUGUUUUGGGACUACAACUCCCAUCAUCCCUAGCUAACAGGACCAGUGGUCAGGGAUGAUGGGAGUUGUAGUCCCAAAACAUCUGGAGGGCUGAGUUUGGGGAUGCCUGCUUUACAAGCUACAGUCACCAGGACCCUUUGGUGGAAGCCAUGACUGUUAAAAGUGGUGCAAAAUAGCCUGAUGUCUCCAAAACCAAAGUUUUUUUGGACUUGCAGUAGCUACAGAAAUGUAGUCUUGGCCAACUUACUGUCUACUUUCUUAACCUAGUUGCCUUUUACCAUCUAAAGUGUUAGAAAUGCUGUGAAAUUCUGCAGGGUGGUAUUCAAGGAAUGUCAUCUGUAAUAUGUCUAACAGGCACGAUUUCUUCAAAUGGGAGAUUGUUGCUGUUAUUGCUAUUUCCUUGGUGUAGAGUUCAGAUGUUUCAAGCACAGAAUAUAAUCAAUGCCGACAGUUUUUUACUUCCCUUUUGAGGGGGGUUAAUGGAAGGGAUGACCCAGGUGGCACAAUGGAUCAAUGUGUCUGGCUGUUAGCCUGAAGGCUGGUAUUUCGAGCCCACCCAAGAACAGCUGUGGACAGGAUUCAUGUGUUGCAGGGGGUUGGACUAGAUGACCCUUGGGGUACCUUCCAACUCUACAAUUCUGUGAUUCCAAGAAAACAAUACAUCAAAGGUUUCUGCGACACACCUACACGGGGUGUGGAUUCUUUGCUGUAAUUGCUCCUGAGUGUUUACUCAGUGGCACUUGUGGCCUCACAGGUAGCUAGCAUAGCUCAUUCUAGUGCAGCAAUUCUGAAUGGUGAAAACGAAGCAAACAAGCUUUGUGUUUGUGUGUGAGAGAGAGAGAGACAGACAGACAGACAGACAGACAGACAGAUAGAGGGAGAGAGUGCUUGUCUAUCUUCUAAUGGAGAUCUAUGACAGCAAAUUGAGCCUGUCUCUGCCACUGGAACCCUGCUGCUGCUUAAGUGUAGACACAAUUGGAUUCCUUUCAUCAUAUUACAAAAUAAACCCAUUGACAGCUUAAGCCAAUUUGUGUUUUGAUCUGAUCACUUGUCUCUUUGAAAGCUGAACUGAAAAGGGAGGAGAGUGAGAUUAUAUCACAUUUGCUUCCAGCAUUGCUAUGCUUCUCUUUUUUUGAUGUUGGUCAUAGGAAGUGGGAGUUGUAUGCCUUGUUGCUGUGUUUGCCGGCUCUUUCGAAUUAAUGGAGCAAUUAAAAAAAAAAAAAGACAGUGUGCUACACGGCAGUUUAAUGACAGCAUUUCGUAUGGUGCAGUGGUUACUGAAUACAUCUUGAUAUAAAGAGGAAUGUUAACAUUUAACAAGUUAGCCCAGGAAUAGAGAAAGGCGGAAGUAAUGGAGCAGACCAGCAAGAGCAGGCAUAGGUAAACUCAGCCCUCCAGAUGUUUUGGGACUACAACUCCCAUCAUCCCUAGCUAACAGGACCAGUGGUCAGAGAUGAUGGGAAUUGUAGUCUCAAAACAUCUGGAAGGCCAAGUUUGCUAUGCCUGAGCAAGAGGCAGAUUGCAGAGGGACUCUUAGCUCUGCUAAAGACUGCUCAUAGGAGUGAGGAGUAAUCUUCAACCCAUGGGCUUAAUUAGGUCCGCCAGGCCUUGUAGGUUGGUCUCCCUGGCUGUUUUGAGUGAACUACAGCCAUCUUUCACAUGCUUGACAUCAUGUAACAUUGGGUGCUGGCAAGUUCACCCUGAGGCUGCAUAGAAAGACUCGUAUGUAUGCUCCCAAUCUGAUGUUUUUGUUUUUAUUUGGCACAUUUCUCUGCCGUCCUGCGUGGCAACAGAAAAAGGUGCCUGAAAAAAACAACCACUUGGCUGCAAAGGAAUAAAUUGGAGCACACUUUAGAGUGUAGUCCAGAUUCUUUCUUUGCAGCCAUAGCUUGAACUCAAUCAGAGUAUGCCGAGGAAGAAGCUUGAGCUUUGCAUCCCUUGACAUGGCAGGUGGACAGCCUUGCCAUCCAGUCAAUGGAGCCUAUGGAGGGUUGGCCACUUCUGGGUCUGGCCCUUGGACUGGAUCCCUUUCUCUAGCACUGGGCUACUUGAGACCAACUUCAGCAAAGUUUUUGCUGUUGAUGAAGCAAGGUCAAAAGCCCUAGCGCCUCCUGGUAUUUAUGCCUAGAGAAACCAAAUGUUGUUUGCUAUCAGAGCAGCUGAAGUGAGGACACUGAGUCAUGGAUGGUGGAUAGGUGUUGUUCAUUCAAAAGCUCCCCCUAGUGCUUUAUUCAUUGUGUUCUGAGUUCAUAAUAGAGAAGGACUUUCCUUAGAACGCACUUCUAUUUCCUGGUUUGAAUGUACAUAUUCCGCUUAAUAAACUGUGCCUGCCACAAACCCUUGUGCUUCCCAUUCCCCAAUUUGGACGUUACAGGAAACCAUGGCCAUAUGAAGAUUUUCUGGGUUAAUCACAACAUAGUGGUCAGGAAACCAACAAGUCAGAACCUUAAACCACGGAGUGAAGUUGGUUUAAGGUUCUGUUUGGUUUUUGCUUUUGUUUGUCCCAGGAACCACAGUUUAGUGGUUUGGAAGUCAUAGGCAAUUGUGAUUGAUUGCUCCAAAGGUCCAAGGAAGGAUGGAAUGGCAGCAGGAUGUAGCAUGUGGGCAAAAGCCUCAUGUAUUUCUUAAGAAGAUGUAUGAUAAAUACAUUUGAACUGCACCUAUGUCUCUUAAACCUUAGAAGUAUGUGAAGCUGGCCACCGUAUGUGGCCAUUGCCACAACUUGCCUUCAUUUAUAAGGAUUUUUAAAUCAAUUUCCCUUCUUAAUUUUCUCCAGAAGUUGGAUGUGCUGUGAAGAUACCAGUGCUGGUUGGAUCUGGAGUGACUCUGGAAAACUUGAAGAACUACUUGGGUGCAAAUGCCUUGAUCGUUGGUUCAUAUUUCAAGAAAGCAAGCUAUUGGGCAAAUAACAUUGACCCAGAUCGUGUGAAGCGGUUCAUGGAUUACACUGCUGCACUGAGAGUGUGACAUUGUUGGAUCCUACGGUAAUCAUACACAGCCCUUAUGCCACUGUAUCCUUUAGUCCCAGCACUUUAUCUUGUAACUUGAAGUCUUUGGUUUGGGUCCUACCCUCUGGAGCAGGAAAAAACAAGCUUGCUCCAUCUUCCAUGUGACAGCCCUUUAGAUAUUUGAAGAUGCUUGUCAUAUUUCCUCUGUCACCUCUUAUCCAGGUUAAACAUACCCAACUCCCUCAACUGGUCCUCAUAAGGCUUGGUUGGCAGACCCUUGAUCAUCGUGGUGACUCUCCUCUACGCAGCUUCCAGCUUGUCAAUAUGUUUCUUAAAUUGUGGCCAAAACAGGACACAGCACUCCAGGUGUGAUCUGACCAUAGCACAAUAGAGUGGGACUAUUACUUCCCUUGAUCUGGACACUAUAAUUCUGUUAAUGCAGCCUAGAAUAGCAUUAGCUAUUUUUGUUGCUGUAUCACACUGUUAACUCAUGUUGAGUUUCUGUUCUACUAAGUCCCCCUGUAUGCUUUUCACAUAUACUACUGGCAAGCCGGGUGUCCUCCAUCUUAUAUUUGUGCAGCUGGUUAUUCCUGCCUGAGCGUAGAACUCUACAUUUGUCCCUAUUGAAAUUCAUUUUGUUAAUUUGGGGCCAGUUCUUUAAUCUGUUAAGGUGCUCUUGAAUCCUGAUUCUGUCUUCUGCACCAUUAGCUACCCCUCCCAGUUUGGUGUCAUCUGCAAAUUUGAUGGAAAACCCCUCAAUUGCUUCAUCAAAGUCAUUUAUAAAGACGUUAAACAACAAUGGGCCCAGGACAGAACCCUGCAGCACCCCACUUGCCACUUUUUCCCAUGGUGAUGAGGAACCAGUAGUAAGCACUCUUUGGGUUUGGUCAGUCAACCAGCUACAAAUCCACCUAACAAUUACCUCAUCCAACCCACAUUUUACCAGCUUCUCUGCAAGAAUACCAUGGGAGACUUAAAGUUUUAUAGAACAUAUUUUACAGAAAACUUACAAGUCUGUUACGGAAUUUCUUGAAGCACCGGUUAAAGGGGAUCCUGUGUUGGACUCCAAAUCCCAUCAUUCCUGACCACUGACUGUGCUGGCUUAGGGCUGGUGGGAGAGGGAGAGUCUUAACAAUAUCUUGAGGGCCACAAGUUAGCCACCUUUGCUGUAAGACCAGGAAGAAGUUCUAAGUCUGAAGUCUCUCCCCAUCCCACCCCUGCUGCCCCAAAGCAGUCCAAAUGUUUCCUUUGUCAUGCUACAUUUUCCCCCUAAUGAAAUCAACACUAGCUUCAAAGGCACACUUUUAGAUUUCCCUGCCAUUAGAACCCAAGACAUUAGCUAAUAAAACAGCAUAAUGUUUUUCAAGUGUUAUAAACACAAUUCUAGGAAGCCAUUUAGAAACUGCAUUAAGAGACACCGAUAAUGACUGUUUAGGAGUGGUGAUAGUUGUGAGGUGGGUUGUGUGUGUGUGUGUGUGUGUGUGUGUGUGUGUGUUUGUUUCUUUUUACAAAUACUGACUUGCUAGAAGUCACAUUCAUUCAUUACUGGGAAGGUGAAGCUAUAAUGUGUUACUGCAGUGAUGCACGUUAACAAGGGGGGGGGGGGGAAUAAGAUUACUCGAUUCGCUCCUUUAUACUCAUCUAAUUCAAAGUGUAAUCAUUGCUGGUGCUGUUGGAGCUGUGUCCAGACAAAACUGCUCGUGUGGAAGCCCAGCAUCUUAACCAUUGCUGGUUAUUUGCAGUAAUUACUGCCAACUGUGCCAGGGUCCCAGUGUUGUGCCCAUACUGCAGCUGCAACAUACGAAGUACAGCUAAAUUGCUCAUCGCUUGAUGACUCUCUGCUGAAUGUGCAGCACUGAGGUGGGCUUUAUCACCGAUGGCACCAGUCUUGUAGAAUGACCUCCCUGUUGAAAUGCGAAGAGGCCCCAUCAUUAUUGGCAUUCUGCCGGCUCUUGAAGAGCACACCUGUUUAGGCAGGUAUUCCCCUGAACUUGAGAUCUAAUUAUGUGGUUUUUAACUGUUCUAAUUAUUAGAAAUUUUAACUGGCUUGUUUUCUUGCCUUUUUAAACCAUGGAAGCUUUUGUUGCCUUGAUUGAAUUGGUUUAUUGUGAAUUUUAAUAGCUUACGGAUUUUAUAAUUGAGUUUAUACUUGUAAACUGCUUGGAUGGCAUAUAGGCAGUAUAUACUUUAAUUAAUAAAUAAAUAAAUUAGAUGCUAAAUAAUCAUUUGUAAACUGUCUUUGGUGAAAAGUGUGCUUGAGAUGUUGUCUCAUAUAUAUUUUCCCUCCUUGUAUAGUUGCUGUUUCACAUGCACAGCUCAACACGAGUUAUGGCAGGCCUUUUGUAAUAAAUGCAUGCAUGUCUAAGCUCAGUCUUUCAGAGUGUUUUCAAGAUGGGCCAUUCUACAAUCUGGUAUGUUCCUUGAG